AUGGCAGGAAAAUUCACCGUCAAGUCUUUGGACCAUCUGGUGCUCACGGUCCGGAGUAUCCCAAAGACCGUGGCUUGGUAUACGACUUACCUCGGCAUGCGCCACGAGGUGUUUACCUCUCCCGUCAACCAGGCUGUGCAAAGACAUGCUUUGAUCUUCGGAUCUCAAAAAAUCAACCUACAUCAGUCGGGGAAAGAAUUCGAGCCUAAAGCUCAAGAUGUUCAACCAGGAAGUGCUGAUUUGUGCUUCUUGACGGACGAGAACGUGGAAAAAGUUCUACAGGCAUUCCAAGAAGCGAGAGUCGAGGUAGUGGAGAGAACCGGGGCGGUUGGAAAGAUCCGAAGUGUUUAUGUCAGAGACCCUGAUGGAAAUCUUAUUGAUGUCAAAUUAUGCAUGAUGGUAGAUACCACACAAGACAUCUUAAUGCCUGCAAUCAUUGAUAGCGCCAUAUCGCGAUAUCAUCACACCAAAGCCCAUGCAGCAGCACCUAUUAGCACAGGAAGGACUCCGCUCUGUUGA